ACCCCGUUGGAAUUCGUCUUUACCGAACGCACAGAGAAAUUAAAAGACGAACCAGAACGGUUACAUUUCCCAUACCAGAGAAGAGAAGAGAAGACGCCGCCGCCGCUUCCGAACUUCAAAAUCUGACUCUUACGCAUGUAACCAAGCCGGCCCCAUGAUUCCCUCCAAGAGGCCAAGAACAUGCCGGAAACCCGCCGCAGAUUCCGAUCUCUUCGAUGUCUUGCCGGACGAUCUCCUAAUUCACCUCCUCCGCCGCCUCGCCUCCUCCGCCUCCUCCCCUUCCGACCUCCUCAAUCUUCUGUUAACAUGCAAGAGGUUGAAUCGCCUGGCUCUUCAUCCUUUGGUGUUGUCUAAAGCCGGACCGAAAGCGUUUGCAGUUAAAACCGAAAACUGGUGCGAGUCCGCUCACCGAUUCCUCAAACGCUGCGUUGAAGCCGGCAACUCAGAAGCAAGUUACACGCUCGGAAUGAUCCGAUUUUAUUGCUUGAGAAAUCGAGGGAGUGGAGCUUCUUUAAUGGCGAAAGCAGCCAUCAAAUCUCACGCUCCGGCGCUCUACUCGCUC